AUGGGCAGUGUCACUGACCUUAUAGAACGUCGAUAUAGGUCUCAAAGGAAGUACUAUUACUUUUUCAGGAUAAAUGAUGAAGUAGUGAUUGAUGCAACCAUGAAAGGAAACAUUGCAAGACUAAUCAACCACUCAUGCAUGCCAAAUUGCUUUGCAAAGAUCAUGAGUCUUAGAGAAGAUGAGGAUCAGAUUAUUCUUAUAGCUAAAAAGGAUGUUUCAGCAGAGGAUGAGUUAAUAUUUGAUUACAGGUUUGAGGUUGAUCAGAAUGAUGAGCUUAAAGUCCCCUGUCUUUGUGGAGCUCCCAACUGUAGGAAAUUCAUGAAUUAG